GACUGCAAUGAUCCGUGCUGCCGCAAAUGGACACGACAAAGUUGUACAACAGUUAAUUAAUAAUGGAGGUGAUGUAAAUGUUGUUGACAAAAACGGAGACAGUGCAUUAUUUCUAGCCGCUAAAAACGAACAUGAAACUGUUGUACAAUUGAUAAUAAAUAGUGGAUGUGAUGUAAAUGUUGCUAAUAAGAAUGGAACCAAUGCCCUAAUCCUGGCCUUAGUUAGAGGACGUGAGGAGACGAUAAAGCUAUUGAUUACAGCAGAUGGUGAUGUUAAUGCUGUCACUAAAGACGGAUCCAAUGCUUUAAUCUUUGCUUCAAAACAUGGGCACGACAAAGUUGUAAAACAGCUAAUUAGUAGUGGAGUUAAUGUAAAUGCUGUCGACGAAGACGGAUGGAAUGCAUUAAUCUUUGCAGCCACAAAUGGGCAUGACAAAAUUGUACAGCAGUUAAUUAAUAGCGGAAGUUAUGUAAAUGCUUCUAAUAAGAAUGGACCCAAUGCUCUAAUGCUUGCCUCAGGUAACGGUCAUGAGGAGACUGUAAAGCUGUUGCUAACUGCAGGUGAUGAUAUUAAUGUUGUCGAUAAUAUUGGAUGGACUGCAAUGAUCUGUGCUGCCGCAAAUGGACACGACAAAGUUAUCCAACAGUUAAUUAAUGGUGGAAGCGAUGUGAAUGCUGUCGACGAUGAUGGAAACUGUGCAUUAAUUCUAGCCUCUAAAAACGGACAUGAAACUGUAGUACUAUUAUUAAUAAAUAGUUGUUGUGAUGUAAAUGCUGUUAAUAAGAAUGGUAAAAAUGCUCUAAUGCUGGCCUCAGGUAGAGGACACGAGGAGACGGUAAAGCUAUUGAUUACAGCAGGUGGUGAUGUUAAUGCUGUCCACAAUAAAGGGUGGAAUGCAUUAAUGUUUGCUUCUCAUGAAGGUCACACCGAUAUUGUUGAGCAUUUAAUAAACAAUGGAAGUAAUGUAAAUGCUACUAAUAAGAAUGGGAAAAAUGCUCUAAUGCUGACCUCAGGUAGAGGACACGUGGAGACGGUAAAGCUAUUGCUUACAGCAGGUUGUGAUGUAAAUGCUGUAGACAUUAAUAGAUUGAAUGCAUUAAUAUUUGCUGUCAAAAAUGGGCAUGACAAACUUGUUCAACAGUUAAUGAAUAGUGGAGCUGAUAUUAAUGCUGUCGACAAACUCGGACAUAACGCAUUAAUGUUUGCUGUUAAAAAUGGGUUUAAUAAAGUUGCAGAACUGUUAAUUAAACAUGGAUGUGACAUAAAUGUUAUUAGUCCAGAAAAAAAAAAUAUAUUUAUGAUGGCUUCGUAUUUUGGGAAUACAGAAACGAUGGAUAUGUUAAUUAAAAAGGGAUUUGAUAUACAUUUUUUGAAUACAAAUGGAUGGAAUGCGUUAAUGAUGGCAUCUCAGAAUGGGCAAACCGAUGCUGUUCAGCUUUUAAUAAACAACGGAAGUGAUGUCCAUGCUGUGAAUAAGAAUGGAACCAAUGCUCUAAUGCUGGCCUCAGGUAAGGGACAUGAGGAGACGGUUAAGUUGUUGCUUUCGGCAAGUGGUGAUUAUAAUGUGGUCACAAAAUCAGGAUGGAAUGCAUUAAUGUUUGCUGCUGAAUAUGGGCACGACAAAGUUGUAGAACAGUUAAUUAAUAGUGGAGGCAAAUUAAAUGCUGUUAAUAAGAAUGGAAAAAAUGCUCUAAUGCUGGCCUCAGGUAGAGGACAUGAGGAGACGGUAAAGCUAUUGAUUACAGCAGGUAGUGAUGUUAAUGCUGUCCACAAUAAAGGGUGGAAUGCAUUAAUGUUUGCUUCUCAUGAAGGUCACACCGAUAUUGUUGAGCAUUUAAUAAACAAUGGAAGUAAUGUAAAUGCUACUAAUAAGAAUGGAGAAAAUGCUCUAAUGCUGGCCUCAGGUAGAGGACACGAGGAGACGGUAAAGCUAUUGCUUACAGAAGGUGGUGAUGUAAAUGCUGUCGAUGAAGAUGGAUGGAAUGCUUUAAUCUUUGCUGCUAUAGAUGGGAUGGACAAAGUUGUCCAACAGUUAAUUAAUAGUGGAGCUGAUGUUAAUGCUGUCGACAUUGAAGGGUGUAAUGCAUUAAUGUUUGCUUCACAUGCAGGCCACACCGAUAUAGUUGAGCAUUUAAUAAACAAUGGAAGUAAUGUAAAUGCUACUAAUAAGAAUGGAGAAAAUGCUCUAAUGCUGGCCUCAGGUAGAGGACACGAGGAGACUGUAAAGCUAUUGCUUACAGAAGGUGGUGAUGUUAAUGAUGUCGACGAAGAUGGAUGGAAUGCUUUAAUCUUUGCUGCUAUAGAUGGGAUGGACAAAGUUGUACAACAGUUAAUUAAUAGUGGAGCUGAUGUUAAUGCUGUCGACAUUGAAGGGUGUAAUGCAUUAAUGUUUGCUUCACAUGCAGGCCACACCGAUAUAGUUGAGCAUUUAAUAAAAAAGGGAAUUGAUAUAAACAUUUUGAAUACUAAUGGAUGGAAUGCGUUAAUGUUGGCUUCUCAGAAUGGUCACAACCAUGUUGUUGAGCUUUUAAUAAACAAUGGAAGUUAUGUAAAUGCUAUUAAUAAGGAUGGAUACAAUGCUCUAAUGCUGGCCUCAGGUAGAGGACAUGUGGAGACGGUUAAGCUGUUGCUUUCGGCAGGUGGUGAUUAUGAUGUGGUCGCAAAAUCAGGAAGGAAUGCAUUAAUGUUUGCUGCUAAAUAUGGGCACGACAAAGUUGUGCAACAGUUAAUUAAUAGCGGAGGCAAUGUAAAUACUGUUGACAAUGACGGAAACAGUGCAUUAAUAAAAGCCUCUGAAAAUGGACAUAAACCUGUUGUAGUACUGUUAAUAAAGAGUGGCUCUGCUAUAAAUUCUGCAAAUAAGCAUGGAAAAAAUGCUCUAAUGCUGGCCUCAGAUAGAGGACAUGAGGAGACGGUAAAGCUAUUGUUUACAGCAGGUGGUGAAGUUAAUGCUGUCGACAUUGAUGGAUGGAACGCAUUAAUGUUAGCUGCUCAAAAUGGGAACGACAAAGUUGUGCAACAGUUAAUUAAUAUUGGAGCUGAUGUUAAUGCUGUUGACAAAGACGGAAACAGUUCAUUAAUUAUAGCCUCUGAAAACGGACAUGAAACUGUUGUAAGCUUGUUAUUAAAUACUGGCUGUGAUGUAUAUGAGGAGACGGUAGAUCUAUUUAUUACAGCAGGUUAUGAUGUAAAUGCUGUCGACAAUGAUGGAUGGAAUGCAUUAAUGUUUGCUGCUACAAAAGGGCAUGAUAAAGUUGUUCAACUUUUAAUAAACAGUGGAGCUGAUAUAAAUGCUGUUAACAAAGAUGGAAAUGAAGCAUCUACAUUAGCCCUUAUAAAAGGGAACAUCAGCGUUUUCAAGCUUUUAGACUAUGCUGCUAACUUUAAUAAAUAA